AUGGCAGAGCCUUCUGAUACAGCUGGUCCUUCUGAGAGCCACGAUGCCGAGGAUACAACUGCCCUUGCAUCGCGCGUGUUGCGCAAGGUGGAUCGGCGACUGAUACCGCUACUGUUUGUCACCUAUUUGCUCAAUUAUAUGGACAAAGCCAUCCUCUCCAGCGCCUCGGUGUUUGGAUUGACGGAAGAUACGCAUUUGGUCGGACAACAAUACAGCUGGGUCUCGAGUAUCUUCUAUUUCGGGUAUUUCUUUUGGGAAUGGCCCACGAACAUGCUGAUUCCCCGAGUGCGGGUGGCCAAAUACCUGGGAUUCAACACACUCUUUUGGGGAGCGGUGGUUGCGCUGACUGCCGCCUGUGUGAAUUACAGCGGUCUUUUGGUUGUCCGGUUCCUGCUCGGGGUCGCAGAAGCCACUAUCACACCCGCGUUCAUGUUCAUCACCUCGACCUGGUACACCCGGGACGAGAUCCCCUUCCGAACGGGGAUCUGGUUCUCGGGAAACUCGGUCGGAGGUCUGAUAGCUAGCCUGCUUGCUUACGGCAUCGGACACAUUGAGCAUCCACUCCGACCGUGGAUGUGGAUGUUCAUCAUCCUGGGUGUUGCAACCUUUCUCUGGGGAUUCGUCCUGCUGGCUUUCUUGCCGGAUAGCAUCUCCAGCGCCCGAUUUCUGACUCCUGAGGAACGAGAGUUCAUGAGCAAUCGUGCCGUCAUUGCUGGUACAGGUCGCACAGAGCACACUACCUGGAAAUGGGAGCAAGUAGUUGAGUGUGUCCGGGACCCGAAGACCUGGCAUCUGUUUGCGAUCGCUCUCUUGACCCAGAUUCCUAAUGGAGGUACUCAGAAUUUCGGAAACCUGGUGAUCAAAUCAUUUGGUUUCACGUCUUUGCAAUCCACGCUGAUCAAUAUCCCGGCCAGUGUGAUCAGCGCGGGAACGAUCGCUGUGACCGGAUGGCUGGCAAGUCGUUCCAACAAGCUUAACUGUAUUCUGAUCGUAUGCGUGAUCAUCUUUCCUAUUAUUGGAAGCGCGAUCAUCUACGCUCGCGCACACCAUGUUCCUUUGGGAGCGCAAUUAUUCGGGUACUUUCUUCUCUCAACGGGUCCUGGGGCACUGCCACUGGUGAUGUCCCUGUUGCAGAGCAAUAAUCGGGGCGUCACCAAGAAGAUGACGGUGACAGCUAUGAUGUUUGUCGCAUACUGUGCCGGUAAUAUUGCCGGACCGCAGCUGUUCAGGGCCAGUGAGGCACCAACGUACCCAACAUCCUUCCGCGCGAUUCUGAUCUGUUAUAUCAUUGCUGUGGGGCUAGCCAUCUCGUUGCGCUUCUAUCUGCAGUGGCUGAAUGCGAGACGAGACCGGGACGAGGGAGUCCAAGGCAGUGCAAGUUUAGCUGGUGCAGUGAGGGGGAAGGUAGUCGGCGAGCAGCGCGAUGGGACGGACGUUUCGGUGCUCGUACAAUCUGUGGAACUGAACCCAGCGGACUAUGAGGACGUGACGGACUGGAAUACGGUCGGGUUUCGCUAUCGUCUAUGA